AUGGCGCGGUGGUGCGCGCUGACGCAGCAAGGAACGGUUUGGAUUCUUGUGUUUCUUCUGCCUGUGGCAUGGGCCACACCGGGACCAUGCGAAGUGGAGACUGACCAGUCCAGCAUUAUCGUGGAUAUAGAAGAAAGCAGAGGAGACCAAGUGAACCAGAGUACAGUUCCCGCACAGCUGCCUGUGGUUGGCGAGCCCGGGGUGGACGUCGUGCUUUCGACAGUGUUCCCUAAGGGUCCCACGCUGUUCCAGUUGGACGGGAAGCGAUUGCAGCUGCUUCAGCCGCUUGACAGGGAUGCGGACAAUCUGUCUCACAUGGUGUUCCAGCUCGUGUGUCAGGUGAAAGCGACUAAAAAGAGACGGACGAUACCGGUGAUAGUGCGGGUGUCCGACAUCAAUGACAACGCGCCGGUGUUUCAGAAUGCGCCGUACGAGGCCAACAUUUCCGAGCUGGUACCAGUCGGCACAACGAUUUUCGAAGGCGUCAGAGCGGUGGACAUAGACGCCGGGGUCAAUGGCCUCUCGGAGUACUUCAUCGUGCCCGGGAACAAUCGGACCCUGGAGGAGGCGAACGCGGUGGACGGCUAUGGUUACUUCUCCAUACCUUUGCCCCACCAAGGGGUGGUAACAGUGAACCGGACCCUGGACUACGAGCGCACGAAGCUUUAUCUAGUCACAAUUGUCGCUUCCGACCGCGCGCGCGAUACCAAACGUCGCCUGUCCAGUACCACAACGAUGACCGUCAACGUAUUAGACGAUGACGACCAGGACCCAUCCUUCAUCUACCAGGGCUGCACGUUCCACGAGGGGGCUUGCAUCAACCCCGAGUACACCUCCUACGUGAACAGCGGAGUCCUGGCGGGCAUUCUUUCCAUCGAGCCAGAGAAGAUCCAAGCCGUGGACAUGGACACCCUGGACGCGAGGAUCCAGUACAGCAUAGAGAGCGGCGAGCCCGACUCUUGGGCGACGUACUUCGCGAUAGACCAAAACACCGGAGCCGUCAGGCAGCUGGUGCCUGUCGAUACGACGAUCGCUAAGCGUUUUCAGCUGAUCAUAAAGGCAGAGGAGGCGACGGAAGCGCGCCGUUACACCACCGCCAAGUUGACGGUGACAGUCAGGCCGGUGGACGCCAGCCCCCCCGUGGUGGCGGCCUCUUCGGAAGAGGGCCGCGUGGAGGAGAACUCCCCGAGGGGCACCAAGGUCUUGGACGCUAACGGGAAGCCCAUCAGGUUGACCGUCUCCGAUCCGGAUCUUGGUCCGGGCGAUCCUGUGCCCAAGUACUCGUUCGAGCUGACCACGAGCUUCUUCGAUAUCGACCCGGACGGCUUGCUCGUUGUGAGCGACGAGCAUUUGGACCGGGACACACCGACUCUCGGCAACUUCAGGUUCCAAGUCGUGGCCCGGGAGUCGAACGGUGCCGCCUCAGCGCCCCUCUCGCUCACCGUCCAGCUACUCGACGUGAAUGACAACGCACCGAUAAUACCAAAGACGCAACCCAUCACCGUUCCAGCCAGCCUGGAGCCCACUGCCGUUUACAAGGUCGAAGCGACGGACAUCGAUGAAGGCGAGAACGCCCGCAUCACUUACAGCAUCUACCACGUGUCCAACAAUGGCGGGAACAGGUUCACCAUAGAUCCCAAUACUGGAAUUAUCUCUAGCACGGGCCGCCUGCAGGCGGGCGAGCAGUUCAGCGUGACCGUGCGCGCGAUGGACGCGAAGGGGCUCAGCUCGCAGGGCAUAGUGGAGCUGCUCGUGGCGCCGGGGCCGAACACGCGGCCGCCGCAGUUCACGGCGCGCGACUACUACGCGCCCGUCUCGGAGGGCGCGGCGAUCAACUCCACAGUCACCACUGUCACGGCAAAGGAUCCGGAGAACGAACAAGUGACGUAUUCCAUUGUAUCGGGGAACGACCUUCGACAGUUCGGCAUCGGAUCCAACACUGGCGUCAUAACGGUCAUCAGACGCCUCGAUAGAGAAGUCCUCACCAGAUAUCAGUUGAUGGUGAAAGCUGAAGAUCCCGGCAAACUAGCGAGCACGGCAACAGUAAACAUCAAAGUGACAGACAUCAACGACAACAAUCCAAAGUUCGACGAGGAUUCCUACACGUUCAAAGUCAGAGAAGGUGUAUCUGGAGAAGUGGUGGGCUACGUCCACGCGACAGAUAGCGACGAAGGCAUCAACGCUCUGGUCAGCUACAGCAUCCCUAAUCAUCUGCCGUUCUCGAUCGACAACGCCACCGGGAUGAUAAGCACCAACACCGAACUCGACUACGAGGAGAUAAAGGAGUACGCGUUCGUGGUGACCGCCACCGACGGCGCGCUCGACCGGCGGCUGGGCACCGCGUCCGUGGCGGUGCUGGUGCAGGACGUGGCCGACGAGCCGCCGCGCUUCCCCCUGCCCGUUUACACGGCGCAGGUGCCCGAGAACGAGCAGGGGCACCCCGUGAUCCAAGUCCGCGCCGAGGACCCGGACACGACACAGGAGAUCACGUACACCAUCAUCAGCGGAGAUCUGGACCUGUUCACGAUAGACAGGAAGAGCGGACUGAUCAGGACCGCGAAGCCCCUGGACAGGGAGGUCAGCGCCCGUCACGAGCUCGUCAUCGGCACAGAAGAGAACAGCAGCGAGGGUCCAGGCGCUACCACCACCGUCGAAGUCAUAGUCGAGGACAAGAACGACAACGCGCCGGUGUUCACUCUAGCUGCGCGGCCAGUGACGAUAGACGACACGUCGCCGAUCGGCACGCUGGUGGUGACCGCCACGGCGGCCGACGCGGACGCCAGCGCGCCCAACAACCGCGUGCGCUUCGCGCUGGCGGGGCGCGGCAAGGCCUCUCUGUACUUCCACGUGGAGCCCGACACGGGCGCGGUGCGGGUGCGGGACGACCUGCGCAAGGAGGCCGACAGCGAGUACACGGUUGAUGUGCAAGCUUACGACCAAGGUGAUCCGGUGAUGUCUUCAGUAUUGAGCCUGACGAUAUACGUUAGCCACUCCGCUACUGUCCCGCCAGACGUGGGGCUCGGUUUCGCAGACACACUUUACACAGAACACGUCGCGGAGAACUCCCGAAACGGGACCCUCGUCAGGGUGCUGCCUCUGCUGAACAAGAGGGAACACUCCCCGGACACGCCCCUCAAGUGCCGUCUGACCGACACGUCGCAAAAAGGAGUCUUCUACGUGAGGCUCACCGAAGAGAGGGACUGCGCCAUCUACCUGAACACCAGCUCGCUGGACUACGAGGCCCUGACGGAGUAUUCGCUGGAGGUCCAAUUGGAGUCGAUACGAGGCCUCAUCAACCCCGACGCCAGCAGGGCGGUGGUGAAGGUACACGUCACGGACGCCAACGACAACACGCCCGCCUUCGUCUUCCCCGAGCAGUCCACCAUCCCCAACGCCAGCGGGAAGUACUUCGCCAUUGCCACUAAGGAGAUGCUGCUCGGCACCAACUUGCUGCAAGUCAAGGCGAAAGACAAAGACAGCGGCGACUACGGCAAAAUCGAGUACCAGAAGAACUCCUGGAGCAAAGCGGCCGAGGAGUACUUCAGCCUGGACCCGGACACCGGCGUGGUGAGCAACACGAAGACCUUCGAGAACGUUCCAACGGAACUGCUGCCGUUCAAGUUCAGCGUGACCGCGAGGGACAACCCCAACUCGCCGCAGGACUACAAUGUUGCCAGAGCGUCGGUUGUGAUAAACUUACUGCAGAAAGACAACCAGCUGGUGCUGGAGGUGGCCGAUAUGGACGCGGACUCAAUGCGGAGGCGGGCGCGUAGUCUCCUCGCUGCGAUCGAGGAGAAGACUGGCCUGGUCGCUGGCCUGGAGAAGUUGACUUCCCGCCACUUUUUGGGGGUCAACGGGACCCUUGAAAGCGACCCUAAGGGCACCGACGUCUGGCUGUACCUGGUCGAGCCGAGCACGGGCAGCAUACUAACGAGGGACUCCGACGCCGUCAAGAAGGCGAUCGAGGGCGGCGUACACCGCGCGGUGGCGGCGCGGCUGCAGGCGCCCGUGAGCGAGGUGCGCGCCCCGCUGGCGGCGAGCGAGCCGCCGCGGCGCACGCACGCCGCCGCCGCGCCGCUCGCGAGCGCGCUGCCCGCCGCGCUGCUGGCGCUCGCCGCGCUCGUGCUGGUCGCCGCCACCGCGGCCACCGUCUACAUAUGCGCUUCGUGGAACAGGUACAAGAAGCACAAGGAGCAAGCGAUCCAACAGUACGGCACCCUCAGUAUGAGCAUGCCGCCUCCUCGGCCGCCCUCCGGCUACGAAUCCAGCGAGGACGAGCCUGCGCCGAGAUACGAGACUCAGGUUUUGAACAUGGCUGUAGACGACGCCGAUCUCCAGUUGGACUUCAGCCCGAACAACCACGCGUUCAACAUUCACAGCGUACAAUAUCUCUCCAAAGAUAACGGCGAGCGCAGCCCCACCCUGUCCGAGACGGCGACCACCGCGCGCGCGUCGUCCGUCAACGAGAACGCGGCGACGCUGAACAACCAGCCGCCCGAGGGCGCGUCCAUUGCGCGCAACACCCAAACGCUCAACCGGCGGACGCCCAACGCGCACGCAUUGAACAACGCGCUCGGCACUUUGCCGCGCACCAACGCCGGCCUGCUAGCGGCGACGCUCGGCAGGAAGGCGAACACGGCCAACCACAAGAAGAAGGCCUCGCCGAUAAUGGCCUACGACGAGAUACCCGGCCUGCAGAGGGCCUCGGAAAAUGACAACGUCACUUUCGGCAAGAGGAACUUCACCGGCUUCAAUUACAACCAAUCGCCCGUUGAAACCACCACGGAGCUA